ACAGUCGUCAGUGCGCUUCCACGUCUCGCUUCUCUCCUCACCGUCUGUUCCUCUCACUGUCGGGAAACGAUUCUGGGAUAAUCUGAAAUGACUUCCGUUAUAUCCGCUAUUUCGUUAUUCGCUCUCGUCGGAAUAUGCCUGGCAGAAGCAAAUUACUUGCCACCUUUAAAUGGAAAUGGCAACGGUAACGGGAAUACACUCAACGGUAAUGGAAAUGGAGUAUACAGAAAUGGUAAUGGAAAUGGUAAUGGCGGCAAUGGCAAUGGAGCAUUCGGAAAUGGAAAUGGCAAUGGCGGAUAUACCAAUGGUUAUGGUGUGAAUGGAAAUGGAAAUGGUGUAAAUGGUAAUGGAGUAUAUGUUAAUGGAAAUGGUGCAAAUGGUAAUGGAGUAUAUGUUAAUGGAAAUGGUGCAAAUGGCAAUGGGGUAUAUACUAAUGGAAACGGUGUGAACGGAGGAUAUCAGAACGGAAAUGGAGUGACCGUGUACGCCAAUGGCGUUGUGGAUCCCUUCCGAGCUCUGGCCGAUGCCAUUGGCGGCGGAGGCGUCCCAGGUGUGGACUACCCCAUCCUGGCCUUCGUCCCCGCCACCGGCUUCUCCUGCAACGGCCAACUGCCUGGAUAUUACGCUGACACUGCUCCCGAGGCCGGCUGCCAGGUGUUCCACAUCUGUCAGGCAGGAGGCAGGAUCGACUCGUUCCUUUGUCCCAACGGCACAGUGUUUAAUCAGCAAUACUUCGUGUGCGAUUGGUGGUACAACUUUGACUGUUCCACGGCUGAACAGUUCUACGGAUUGAAUGCUGAGAUUGGUAAUAUCAAUGGAAAUGGUUGGAAUGCAUUUGAUGGGUAUCAGUGGAAAAGUGACAUCCAGGCUUGUAUGAUACCACAGAAUGCCUCCAUAAACCACCAUACUAUGUCACCAUAUGCAACACACCAUAAUGUCACCACACACACUAUCACCGUACACACCAUCACCACAUCAUACCACCACAGAUCACCAUACCAUAUUACCACGCACAUCACACAGUGA